AUUAUAAGAAAAACAUGAUGAUAAAAAAGACAACACACGACAAGGGUAUACUAUCUCGUAGAUGCUUGUUUUGUUAGAUAACCUUUUUGUUUCCACCUCAAUAGUUGAGAAACAAAAAAUGUUCCUUACUUAAAACAAAUCAAUAAUACUCAGAAACUGAGUGUGUGUGAUGAAUUGAAGAACCUUAGUAUCCAUCAGUAGUAGCACAAACAAACAUGAAAAUGAAGCUGCUGCUGAUUUUGUUGACAUUCUUAGUUUCUGGGUUUAUCUCCUCUGGAUCUGACACAACACUUUCUUUCUCUGAAAACGAUGUCGUUUUGCAACCUCAUAUGGUAGACCUCACUCUCAUUCAAGGAGCUGAUUCCAAAGGAGCUGUCUGUUUGGAUGGAACAUUGCCCGGUUACCAUCUGGAUCGUGGAUUUGAAUCUGGCGCGAAUAGUUGGCUUAUUCAUCUUGAGGGAGGAGGAUGGUGUGAUACUGUCAGAAAUUGUGUCUACAGAAAAAAGACUCAUCGUGGUUCCUCAAAAUACAUGGAAAAUCAAAUACCAUUCACAGGAAUAUUGAGCAAUAAACCUGAAGAAAACCCAGAUUUCUUUAACUGGAAUAGAGUCAAAUUAAGGUACUGUGAUGGAGCGUCUUUUGCUGGAGAUAGUGAAAAUGAGGCUGCAGGGCUUCAAUUUCGAGGACAAAAAAUAUGGCUAGCUGCAAUAGAGGAAUUAUUGUCUCAAGGAAUGCAGAAUGCUGAACAGGCCCUUCUCUCUGGAUGCUCUGCGGGUGGUCUAGCAUCCAUAAUACAUUGUGAUGAGUUCCAGAGCUUGUUACCAAAAUCUUCAAAAGUGAAGUGUUUUAGCGAUGCAGGAUUUUUUCUCGAUGCAAUUGAUAUAUCUGGAGGACGCACACUGAGGAAUAUGUUUGGAGGUGUAGUUCAGUUACAGGAAGUCCAGAAAAAUCUGCCAAAAAGUUGUCUCAACAAAAUGGACCCAACUUCGUGCUUCUUUCCUCAGAAUGUGGUCGAACAUGUCGAGACACCAUUGUUUCUACUCAACGCGGCUUAUGAUGUGUGGCAGAUCCGAGCCAGUUUAGCCCCAUCAACAGCUGACCCCCUUGGCUCUUGGAAUGACUGCAAAUCGAACAAUGCAAAUUGUAACUCAUCUCAAAUUCAGCUCCUCCAAGACUUCAGAAAUCAAAUGCUUGACGACGUGAAAGACUUCUCAAGAUCAUCUCAAACUGGACUGUUUAUAAAUUCUUGUUUCGCUCAUUGCCAGUCCGAGAGACAGGAGACAUGGUUUGCAGAUGACUCUCCUCUUAUUGAUGACAAGCCAAUUGCAGUUGCUGUUGGAGACUGGUAUUUCGAUCGAGAAGUUGUCAAAGCUAUUGACUGCCCUUACCCUUGCGACAAUAGCUGCCAUAAUCUGGUGUUUAGAAGAGUAUAAUAUGUUCACUCUUCAUAUGAUAUUUUAUUUACACUUUCAUCCUUGUAUUUGUUUUAGUGUAUUUAACAUUUCAUCAAUUAUGUUAAGACCUCCUUUCAAAAAAAAAAAAAAAAAAGAAUUAUGUUAUGACCUGACCAUUCUUAUCUGAUAAAAAAAAUUGAUUAUCAUCAA